UGUCUCAGACAUUUGUUUCGUUAUUUCCUCUCUGUUUUCUGUUGUUUCAUUUCCGUCCACGUCUCUCAGCGCCAAAGAAUGGAGUCGCAGGGGGAUUCUGCUACUUCCCUUCAGAAAACUCGCUCGCAGAGCGUCUCUCAUCCAUCCGACCAAUCGGUAGACAGUGAGGAGAAGAGUGCUCCUUCAGAACCAGCGAAAACUCCAGAACCUGUGGUCGUUGAGACGCCUUAUGUUGCCCCUCCUAUUAACUUUAUUGUAAUCUCCCUCGGAGCGAAAUCAGUGCCGGCGAACAUUCGGUGCAGGAAAGCGAACUUCAUAGAUUUCAUGAAGAAACUAUGUAACUUUAAAAGUGAUGAGUUUGAAAUGUGUGACCUUCAAGGUCGGUUGGUUGGUUUAUUAGAAUUGACAGACAACCAGUUCGUGGACGGUUUAUUUAAAGCGGGUCAGAUGUAUGUCCCUUGUGAACUGUACAAAAGAGUCGGCGGCAUCUUGAUAGAAGUGAGGCCUUGUAUUCCAAACUGGCAAGUCCAUCAUCCAGAAUUAGCAGCUCUAUUAGACAACAGUAUUCCAGGGACACAAAAAGGGACUGCCCAAUCUAGUAAACACACUUUGGACAGUAAAACCAAGGAAGUGAAAGACAAAUUUAAGUGAUUGAAAUAGAUGAAAGAAAUGUACAAUUAUAUUUCAAAAUUUUGAUACUACAGAUUAUAUAGAAUAAAUUUGAUAUAUUAUUUUUAGAUUGUAUUUUGUAUUGAAGAAACAAAGAAUAUAAUUUUUUUCUAAAAUUCUACAAAA